AUGUCCGUCGUUUCGCUACUUGGGGUUAAAAUCCUCAACAACCCGGCCCCUUUCACGGCUUCCUACCAAUUUGAGAUUACCUUUGAGUGCUUGGAGCAGUUGCAGAAAGAUCUUGAGUGGAAACUGACCUAUGUCGGUUCCGCCACUUCCUCCGAAUAUGACCAGGAACUCGAUUCCCUCCUGGUUGGCCCGAUCCCCGUCGGUGUCAACAAGUUCAUCUUUGAGGCCGAUGCGCCCGAUUUGCAGCGCAUCCCUUCCUCUGAGAUCCUCGGUGUCACUGUCAUCCUCUUGACCUGCAGCUACGAUGGCCGUGAGUUCGUCCGUGUUGGCUACUAUGUCAACAACGAGUACGACUCGGAGGAGCUGGCGGCAGAGCCCCCAUCCAAGCCUAUCAUUGAGCGCAUUCGCCGCAAUGUCCUCGCCGAGAAGCCCCGUGUGACUCGCUUCGCCAUCAAGUGGGAUUCCGAGGAGUCUGCGCCCGCAGAGUACCCACCUGACCAGCCCGAGGCCGAUCGACUGGACGAUGACAGCAACGCCUACGGUGCAGAGGAGGCCGAGCUUGAGGCUGCCCUUGUUAAGGAGCUCGAGGAAGCCAACAAGCAGGGCGAAGAUCAGGAGAUGGACGGUGGUGAGGCCACUGCCGGUAACGACGAUGACGACGUCUCAGAUGCUGGCAGUGAGGACCUCGAGGAGGAGAGUGAAGAUGAUGAUGAUGACUUGGACGAGGAUGAGGCCGGUGACGGCGAUGAGGACGUUGAGAUGGGUGACGACUCUGAGCAGAAGGACGAGUCUGGCAAGCCCGCCCACCAGCCCCAGCCUGAGGUCAUGGUGCACUAA